UUUCUCCAAGGAAGGAAAAAGGUUGAGAAUGGAAGAAACUGCAGGGAAUGCUGUUUUAGAAGUUGGAAAGUGCUUAGCUGCUCCUAUAGUGCGUCAAUUUAUGAACUUGUACAACUACAAAAGCAACUUUGACAAUCUCGAAAAGGAAAUUGGAAAGCUCAAGGAUGCAAGGGAUGAGGUGAAGGAUAAGGUUGUUGCGGCUGAAAACAACGUGGAAAAGAUCAAACAGCAGGUUAAAGACUGGCAGAGGAAUGUGGAUUCCAUCAUUGAUGAAGCAGAGAAGUUGAUUCAAGAGAAAACAAACAGCCGAUGUUUCAACUUGAUCACCUGUUACAAAAAUAGCAGGAAAGCAUCGAAAAAGGUGGAGGCUGUAACUGAAUUCCUGCAGGAAAAAGAAACAUUCAAUGAAGUUUCCCUUCCUACCACUCGUGAAGACAUUCGGCUUAGGCUUACGAACAAAGAUUACGAGGAAUUUGAAUCCAGAUUCUCAACUUUGAAUGGUGUUUUGAACGCUGUAGCAGAUGCUGAGGCGGGCAUUAUUGGGGUUUACCUAAUGGGUGGCAUUGGCAAAACGACGCUGGUCAAAGAAGUUGGUGAGCAAGCCAAGAAAAAACAGCUCUUGGAUGAGGUGAUUUUCGUAGAGGUAUCUGACAAACCAGACACUAAAAAGAUUCAAGAUGAACUAGCAAAUCAGUUAAGUCUGAAAUUUGAGAAGGAGGCAGAAAGAGCAAGCAAGUUGUAUGCAAGAUUGAAGACAGAUAAGAAAAUCCUUGUAAUUUUAGAUAAUAUCUGGGAAGAAUUAAAUUUGGAGGCUCUCGGAAUUCCUUGUGGAAAUGAUCGUGGGGGAUGUAAAGUAUUGCUAACAGCAAGAGAUCUUAAUGUGUUACAGAGUAUGGAUUCUGUAAAGAAUUUCCCAGUGGGUUUUUUAACUGAAGAAGAAGCUUGGAGCCUGUUUAAAAAGAUGGCAGGUAUUGUUGAUCAAACAAUUAUUAAGCUGAAUUAUCUGCCGAACGACGUAUGUAAGGAAUGCAGAGGUUUGCCAAUCAUCAUUACUACCGUAGCAAGAGCGCUAAGGAACAAGAGACAUCGAUCUCAAUGGGAAGAUGCUUUGCAACAACUGAAGAUGCCUUCCCCGACAGAGUUUGCAGGGUUACUGGAAAAGGACUACUCAAAGAUAGCAUUGAGUUACAAUUAUCUAAAAGGUGAUGAACUCAAGAGAACUUUUUUAGUUUGUAGUCUAAUGGUAAAUGAUACUACCAUUUCAGACUUGCUCAAAUACAUUAUGGGCUUAGAUAUUCUUGAAGGAGUUAUUCGUACAAUAGAUCAAGCACGAAAUAGACUAGAAAGUCUUGUCCUUGAACUCAAGAACUCCUGUUUGUUACUUGAUGGGCGAACCAAUGAACAUUUUUCUAUGCAUGAUGUCGUUCGUGCGGUUGCCAUAACAAUUGCAUAUAGAGAUCAACAUGUAUUUACUGAGCGAAACAACAUGGAGAGGGAAUGGAGUAAUAAAGAUGAAUUGAAAAAGUGCUCAAAAAUCUCGCUAGCUGAUACUAGUGUGAUUAGUGAGCUUUGGCCUAAAGGUUUGGAUUGCCCGAAACUUGAAUUUUUCAGUAUGAGGAUGAAGGGUUCUUCUUUCAAAAUCCCUGAGGAAUUUUUUGUAGGGAUGGAUAACCUCAAAGUUCUAAGUUUACUUAACAUGAAGGUGUUGUCCUUGCCGUCGUCUCUUAGUCUUCUAAUAAAUCUUCAAACAUUAUGUUUGAAUUAUGGCAAUUUUGCAGAUAUAACAAUUAUUGGAGAGUUGAGCAAACUAGAAAUUCUUAGCUUGCAACACUGUAAGAUUGAGCAAUUGCCAGGAGAAAUAGGUAAAUUAACUCAUCUAAAGUUGUUAGAUUUGAGUCAUUGUCGAAAUCUACAAGUUAUCGCACCAAAUGUUAUAUCAUGCUUAUUGCGAUUAGAAGAACUGUAUAUGAGUGGAUGCUCUAUUCUAUGGAAGGUUAAAGGACUUGAGGAGUUGAAUGAUUUGUCUCAACUGACAGCUUUAGAAAUAGACAUUUCUGAUGAUAAGGUUUUGCCAGAAGACUUGUUUUCCAAAAAGUUGGAAAGAUACAAAAUAUCAAUAGGAGAUUGGCCGUCUAGAUUGGGUAAGCAGUACAUAAAUGGUGACGAUGGGAAUUACAUGCGUAUUAAGAGCUUUUCAUAUGAUGAGCAUGCCACAUUAAGAAAGUUGAAAUUGAAAUUCAGUUCUGUCAUAAAAAUUUGGCCAGAGCAGUUUCAGUGCUUCAAGAAUGUUGAAUUCUUAUGCUUAGACAAAUUGGAGAGUAUCAAGAAUGAUGUUUAUGAAUUAGACAAGGAGGGUUUUUCACAAUUGAAACAUCUCCAUGUCCAUAAUAAUCCUAACAUCGUGUGCAUUGUUGACUCAACAAAGUGCAUACCUUGUGAUGCCUUCCCCCUCUUGGAGUCUGUGAUUCUUUUCAACUUGAUUAACUUAAAAACGAUAUUUUAUGGACAACCCACAACAAAGUCUUUCUACAACUUAAAAGUUAUAGAAGUGCAAAGUUAUGCUAAAUUGUUAAAUAUCUUCUCAUUCUCCAAUGCCAGCAAAAGCCUUCCACAGCUUCAAAGAAUAAGGGUGAAAGACUGCGAGAAUAUGAAUGUGAUUUUUGCUGUUGAAAGAGAAGACAGAGUAAACAAGAAUGAAGUGGUUGAUAAGAUUGAAUUCUUUCAAUUACGCUUCUUGACUUUGGUUAAUCUUCCAAGGAUUGCAAGCUUCUACUCAGAAGCAAAUACACCUUCAACAUUGCAAACCAGGCAGGUGGAAUCAUCAAUUAAUUUGCAGUCCAAUGAAAUCUAUUUUGAGGAUGAGCUAAUUGAUACUGACACACCAAUUUUUAACAAAAAGGUUAUUUUCCCUAGUUUGGAGGCCUUAAAACUUAAAGCAAUCAAUUCUGAAAAGAUCUGGGACUACCAACUUCCGACAAUAUCUUGUGGCUAUCAAAAUUUGAAAAGCUUGAUUGUGCAUGGCUGUCAAAAACUAAAAUAUGUAUUUCCAUAUUCAAUAAUCAAAAGCUUUGAGCAGCUCCAACACCUUGAGAUAAGGUAUUGUAAGGAAUUAAAGGAGAUUGUUGCCAAAGAAGAGGGAGCAGAAGCAACUACUACAUUUGUCUUUCCCCAGGUAGCAUUUCUAAAACUUGAAAACUUGCCAGAACUUACAACUUUCUACCCUGGCAAACACACUUCAGAAUGGCCAAUGUUAAAGAAGAUGGAGGUGCGUAAUUGUCACAGACUGCACAUAUUCACUUCAGAAUAUAAGGUUGUUAUCCCCAAUUUGGAGGCCUUAGAAUUGGGUUCAGUUAAUUCUGAAAUGAUAUGGGAUAGUCAAGUAGCGAAAAUGUCUCAUUGCUAUCAAAAUUUGGCACGCUUGGUUGUGGGUUUUAAAGGAGAUUAUUGGGAAAGGAGUAGAAGCAAAGCCUACAUUUAUCUUUCCACGAGUAACCUUCCUACAACUCGAAGACUUACCAGAACUCUCAGCAUUCUAUCCUGGAGUUCAUACUUCUGA